AUGUGACUCGCUCUCUCUCUCUAUCUUUCUCUCGUUUUUUGUUUUCCUAUUCGGGACGUUCCAUCAUCCAUCUUUCCAAAUCAGGCAACUUUGGCAUCCUUCCAUUUCUUCAUCUUUCCGUGCCCUAAUUUUUCCUCUGCAAUGGAAGCUACUGCCAAUGAACGUCUCGAUUUCGGGAAGAUGGGAUAUGGGUUUUUCUCUAUUUCUCUCUUCUUUGAUUCAUUAUUAUCUGUUUCUCGUUUUGGAUUUUGUUGUUGAUCUAGUCUUUUUGGGUUUUUGUUCAUUCAGAUGCAAGCAUUACCGGAGAAGAUGCAAAAUUCGAGCUCCCUGCUGCAACGAGAUCUUCUCUUGUCGUCACUGCCACAACGAGGCUAUGAGCACCCUCAGCAACCCCCAUGAUUGGCAUGAUCUUGUUAGGCAUAAUGUUCAGCAAGUCGUUUGUGCAGUUUGUGACACUGAGCAGCAGGUUUCUCGGCUCUGUUCGAACUGUGGUGUCAAUAUGGGUGAAUACUUCUGUGAAGUCUGCAAGUUCUACGAUGACGAUACUAGCAAACGGCAGUUUCAUUGUGAUGACUGUGGGAUUUGCAGAAUCGGUGGCCGUGAGAAUUUUUUUCACUGCAAGAAGUGUGGUUCUUGCUAUGCGGUUGGUCUACGUGAUAAUCACUUGUGUGUGGAGAACUCCAUGCGACACCAUUGUCCUAUAUGUUAUGAGUAUCUUUUUGACUCUUUGAAAGAGACAAGAGUUAUGAAGUGUGGCCAUACAAUGCACAUGGAAUGUUAUUAUGAGAUGAUGAAGCAUGAUCAAUAUUGUUGUCCCAUAUGCUCAAAGUCAAUCAUUGACAUGUCUUCAGCCUGGAGGAAAAUUGACGAGGAGGUUCAGGCGACAGUCAUGCCUGAAGAUUACCGGUAUAAAAAGGUGUGGAUCCUUUGUAAUGAUUGCAAUGACACCACUGAAGUCUUCUUUCACAUAAUUGGGCAUAAAUGCAGUGACUGCAAUUCCUACAAUACCCGAACCAUAUCCCCUCCAGUUCUCCCUCAGUGACCAUAUCAUUGGCAUUGGAAGAUCCAUUCAUUUAUGCUUGGAGGGAUACAUUCUUUGCUAGCCAAAGGUCAAGGUCAUGUUUCCAGUAAUCUGUUGUAAGCAUCAUCUAAUCAUGUCAAAAUGGGGUGUUAGUGGGUGUUUUGCUAGUUUCUGUCAUUGAGCAUUCGAAUGUCAAAUUUGUCAUUGAUUGUGUACUAUACCAUACCGAUGCUUGGGAACUAUCCAGUGAGAACUGUAACUAGUGAUGCGUCCAUCGGUAAUUUGAGUUUUAAGGACACAAUUUUAUUUGCA